AUGGCCGCCUACGGCGACGGCCUCGCCGCCGCCGCCGGUCCCGUGGGCGCCCGUGCCAUCCACGUGUACCCCGUCUCCAAUUACACCUUCGGCAGCAAGGCGGCCAAGGCUGACAAGGACGCCACCGUCGCGGAGGCGAUGAUUAGGUACAAGGACAAGUACGAGAAGGAGGGGAUGAGGCGGACGGUCGAGGCGAUCCUGCUGGUGAACCAGCACGAUCACCCGCACGUGCUCCUGUUACAGAGGACGAUGGCCGGCGGGGGCGUGGAGUACAAGCUGCCCGGCGGCAGGCUUCGGCACGGCGAGGGCGAGGUCGCGGGCCUGCAGCGAAAGCUCCACAACAAGCUCUCCCCCUCGGAGCAAUCGCUGCGCAUCGAACACUGGGAGUGCGGCGACUGCGUGGCGCGGUGGUUCCGACCGGCGUUCGAGCCCAACUACUACCCGUACCUGCCGGCGCACGUCACGAAACCCAAGGAGUCGCGGACGGUGUACAUCGCGCAGCUUCCCGAGCGAUGCAAAUUCUGCGUGCCCAAGAAUCUCAAGCUCCUGGCGGUGCCCCUCUUCGAGAUGUACGCCAACGAGGCCAAAUACGGCGCGGUGGCGGCGUCCGUGCCCUACUUGAUAUCGAGGUUCCACCUCAACCUCGAGUCCAAGCAGGAUAAAUAA